CCUCUCCCCUCCUCCUCUCCCCUCCUCUACUCCUCUCCUCGUCUCCACAGCUCUUCUGUCCUCGCCUUCUCACAGGACGCACUCCUCCACUCCUCCACUGUGCGUAAAAGCGGCUAACAGAAAAAUGAACUCUGUGGUGAAGUGGCUGCUCAUCCUCCUCGCCCUCCUCUCCGUCGUUCUGAACAUCAUCCUGAUCGGGAUCUACUCCAAGAGGUCGCCCAAGUGUUCCAGCCAACGCGUGCACCCGCUGCGCGCCAAACACGAUGAUCGCAGCCUGGUGUUCGCGGACCUCAGUCAGGAGGAGUACAUGCAGGUCCAGCAGUACAUGCUCCGGCAGAAGGACCUGGACGUCUCCACCAACCAGAUCACUCUGCCGUCUGAGAACUUCGUCUUCCUCAUCGAGCUCUCUCUGCCCAAGAAAGCGGAGACACUUUUGUACCUGGACAGCAAGGGCCCGAAGCCGGUGAGAAAGGCCACCGUGGUGGUCUUCCACGGCGCAAAGGGCUACAUCAAGGAGUACGAGGUGUGGCCCCUCCCGGACCCCAAAUACCACAAGGAUAUCACCAUGGAGAAGUACGGGACCGAGCUGCCAAUCAACGGCCGCACGGUAACCGUCGGAGAGUAUGUGCAGCUCUUCAGCUUCUUUGAGAUCCAGGUCUUCUCCAAACUGGAGAAACUCCUCAAGGAGAGCUUCGAUUAUGGACCGCACAAGAAACUGAACGCUUUCGAACAGAUGCCGCGCGGAGUUCGAUCUGGAGACAGAAAUACGUGGGUGGCUUUUAUGAAGGAUGUCAGCGGCAUCUACAUCAACCCCUCUGGCUUCGAGGUGCUGGUCAACCACCAGAGUGUAAACUCGUCUGAGUGGAAGGUGGAGGGUUUGUUUUACAACGGCCAGUACUUCAGCACCGUGGAGGAGCUUCGACUGAAGUACGAGGCUGGUACUGUUAGGAAAAUCGUCUACAAAGAUUCUCCAAAUCCGGGCUCUCUGAAGCCCAGGACCAAGCCUCUCCAAAUUGGCCCACAGCUCUUUUACGCAGAGGGAAAACGCUUCAGUGUCAGUCAGAACCAGGUCCUGUACCUGGACUGGAGCUUUGCCUUCGGACUCAGCUCACUGACGGGCAUGCGGGUGUUCGACGUGCGCUUUAAGGGUGAGAGGAUCGUGUACGAGCUGAGCGUGCAGGAGGCCUUGUCUGUGUACGGAUCCAUGACGCCUGGGUCGAUCAUCACUAAAUUCAUUGACUCUGGUAUCGGAAUUGGACGUUAUGCACAUGAAUUAGUGCGCGGCGUGGACUGCCCCCACGAGGCUGUUUAUAUAGACACGUAUCGAUACAUCGACACAGCGGUUCCUGUCAGGUUUAGGAAUUCAAUCUGCAUCUUUGAGCACAACAUGGGUCAGCCGCUGCGCAGACAUUUCUCCGACUUUUUCCAUCACAGUUAUGGAGGAUUGGUGAACAGCGCCCUGGUGGUCAGGACCAUCACUGCCAUAGAGAACUACGACUACAUGUGGGACUUUGUCUUCUACCAAAACGGUGCGGUGGAGGCCAAGGUGCACGCCACCGGAUACAUCAGCGCCACUUACCUGGUGGAUGGCAGUCUGAAGUACGGACACAAGGUGGCGGACAAAGUCCUGGGCAACAUUCACACACAUUUCGUGAACUUCAAGGUGGACUUGGAUGUGUCAGGAGUUAAAAAUGUCUUCCAGGCCAAAGACAUGAAGUACGUGAAUGUGUCGGUGCCUUGGUUACCCAAUCACCACGCUAUGAUCCCACAGCUGGUGGAGACACAAAUGAACACAGAGAAGGAGGCUGCCCUGCGGCACAACGCCAAGACCCCUCGCUACCUCCACAUCGCCAGCAACAGGACCAACCGUUGGGGUCACCAGCGUUCUUACAGGCUGCAGGUGUACUCCUUUGCAGGAGACCACCUUCCAGAGAGCGAGGCUGAGGAGAAGGCCAUGUCCUGGGCCAGGUACAAGGUCGCUGUCACUAAGCACAAGGACUCCGAGGCCACCAGCAGCAGCCUGUACAAUCAGAACGACAUGUGGAGUCCUGCCGUCGACUUCAGCAAGUUCAUCGAGGACAACGAGAACAUUGAAAACGAGGACCUGGUAGCCUGGGUGACUGCUGGCUUCCUCCACAUCCCUCACGCUGAGGAUAUCCCCAACACGGUUACCGUGGGCAACGGAGGCGGGGUCCUGCUGAGGCCUCACAACUACUUUGAUGAAGAUCCAUCGGUGAAUUCCCCCGACGCCGUGUACUUUGAGCCUGGCAGUGAGGACAGCUGUGAAAACAACAGGAUGGCCUGCCUUGCUCAAGAGACCUGCAGCCCCGUGCUGGAACCCUUCACCUACCACGGCUUUGAGGGCGUGAUGAAGUUUACUUGAACAAACUGAGAAGUGAGAUCAGAAAAAGGUUCAUCUGUGUCAUUUAUUACUAACAGCUAGAUUUGUAAUUGAUCUGGAGCGGUGGUUCUCAACCUGUCUGCACAACGUUCCACCUCUGAGGAAACAUCUGACCGUCUGGACACAACCAGACAAUAUUAAAAUACAACAGUACAGGACUGCCACCUUUAGCUUACCAUAGUAUACGAAGAAAAGUUCAGCUGCUUCUCUUCUGCCCCCUCUGGUCACUAUUGUACUGUAUCUUUUAUUCACCUCCACUAUUUUUAUGAAGUCAGUCUAAAAAAAACAACCAUAAACCAAUGAUUGGAGUCCAAGCACCACCGGUGGUACACAUACCAUAGUUUGAGAACCUCUACUCUGGAGCUCUUAAACUACAGUCAGGAGAAUUGUCCGAGGUGCUACUGUAUAUGAAGACAAUGUUAAUGUGGACAACAUGGAGCAGAAUCAUGUUGUAGAGUAGAUUUAUAAACUGUAUGUACACUGGAUCCACUGUGAAAACCUGACUGGGCUGAAAUAAACACACGAGAAGAA